AUGGAGGCAAUGGACCAGCUCUUAGUAGCUUGUCACGCGCAAACUCUGAAUUUGUUUGUCGAGAGCUUCUUGAAAAUGGUACAAAAAUUAUUGGAAUCCACGGAUCCUCAAUUACAAAUCCUUGCAACGCAGUCUUUUGUCAGAUUUGCUAAUAUCGAAGAAGAUACUCCCUCGUAUCACACUCGUUACGACUUCUUUGUGUCAAAAUAUUCGGCAAUGUGUCAUUCUAAUAAUGAUGAUCCUAUUACACGCAAGCAAAUUAGGCUUGCUGGAAUUCAAGGCUUACAGGGCGUUGUGAGAAAAACUCUUUCUGAUGAUUUAGUCGAGAACAUCUGGGAACCUGUACAUAUGGACAAGAUUGUACCAUCAUUACUAUACAACAUGCAAAAUUCAAGAUAUGCUGAUAAGGAAGACACAACACCGGAUAGCCCAACUGAAGAACGAUCGGAUCCACCGCAGUUUGCAGAAACUUGUAUGCGAGAACUGAUUGGACGAGCAUCAUUUGGUCAUAUUAGAUGUGUUAUAAGACCUGUAUUGAG